UCGCAGUGUAGGAGAGGCUGGAUUCUUCUGUUUUGUUUUACAUCCGGGGCCUUUGUUUGUUUAUUAUUUCAUCCUUGCACAACAUACAUAAUAUCAAUGGAGGUUUGUAUAAAGGAGACGACAAUGGUAACUCCAUGCCAAGACACUCCUAGAACAAGCUUAUGGGUGUCAAACAUUGACCUGGUGAUGAUCCCAUAUCAUAUUUCUCUUGUAUAUUUCUACAAGUCGAAUGGUAGUUCGGGUUUUUUCGAUACCAAAGUGCUCAGGGAGGCUUUAAGUAAGGUUCUGGUGUCGUUUUACCCCUACGCCGGCAGGUUGGGCUACGACCAAAACGGUAGGCUCGAAAUAGUGUGCAACGCCGAGGGAGUGCUCUUCAGCGUGGCUGAAACUAGUUCCGUCAUGGAUGAUUUUGUACAGGAUUUCAGUGAUGGGUCAAAAGUUCCUCAGCUUGCUCCAAGGUUCGAUUACUCCGGUGGUAUUUCUUCUUAUCCGCUUUUAGGUUUACAGGUCACAACUUUCAAAUGUGGAGGAGUUUCUAUUGGAAUUACUUCUCAGCAUACAGUAGCAGAUGGCCCUGCCGAAUUACAUUUCAUCAAUAGUUGGGCUGACAUGGCUCGAGGCACGUGCCCUACCAUUGCACCCGUCCUGGAUCGAUCCAUUCUUCGAGCUCGGGACCCUCCGUCUCCGAAGGUUCAUCAUGUCGAAUUCGAACCAUCUCCUCCUUUGAAAACAAUUUCAGACCCCUCAAUUCCCAGACCUUCAAUUGUAUCCGUUUUUAAGAUCACUGCUGAGCAAGUUAAGGCCCUAAAAGACCAAGUGAAUGGAACUUCGGUUAAUACCAAAUACAGCACCUACAGCAUCUUGGCCGCACACAUAUGGCGUUGUGCUAUAAAAGCCCGAGACCUCGCCCUAGACCAACAAAUCAGGUUAACGAUACCUAUCGACAGUCGAAACCGAUUGAGGCCGCCCCUUCCUCCCGGUUACUUCGGCAAUGCGAUCUUCUACGCACCACUGGAUGGCCUAGCGGGUGAAUUUCAAUCCGAACCGUUUAUUGAUACCGUAAAGAGGAUUCAUGAAAUAGUGAAUAGAAUGGACGACGAGUAUCUGAGGUCAGCUAUAGACUCGAUCGAAAUGACUGCGGACGUUAGGACGAUGAGGCGAGGACCGGCAACAAUGCGGUGCCCGAACCUUAGUAUUAACAGUUGGGUGUGGUUGCCGAUCCACGAUGCGGAUUUCGGAUGGGGUGGUCCUGUUUUCAUGAGGCCUGCAAAUAUAGUCCAUGAAGGGAAGGUAUACAUAUUGCCAAGCUCAACUGGUGAUGGGAGUUUGACGUUGGUUACUCGUUUAGAGACUGCUCACAUGAAACGCUUUGGAACUCUUCUUCACUCUUCACAUAAAACGCUUUGGAAGUCUUCUUUAUGAGUUAUACCUAUUGAAUGUGUUGGAUAUAUGAACUUAGCACUGACUAGAAAUAUAAAUAAUAAUUAAAAAGAAUAAAUUCGUAAA